GCACACUUGGCCGCCGAUUGCAACUGUCAAAUCGUCAUCACAUCCCUACUAGCAUCUUCACAAUUUGUUUUCGAUGGCCUGUCAAUUUUAGAGAUGGCCUUCCCUUUUUGUUUUUCACUGUUUCCAUUUCAAAUUCUAUUGAAAGAUUCUCUCAACGCCUGACUUAACUACACGCUACGUUGAAAAGAUUUGUUGGCCACUUCAAACGAGGCUUUGAUGCUGAAUGAAUCCAUUGAGUUCCUUAAAUCACUUCAGUUGCAAGCCCAGGUAUGUUCUUCGUUGGAUUUUAUUUUAUUACUCUUUAAUGUAACCUAGAAAGAAAUUUUGGUUAACCUACCAAAAGAAAUAUGUUCUUAAAACGUUACAAAAGUUUCGUGGGCCACACAAUGCUGGUUGGCUACUGCCGUGAUCGAUAUGCAUGCUAUGAAGAACAACAAAAUGUCAACACACUGCCAGCUAAGCAAUGACGAAAUGACACUCUCCAUCAUCUAUUAUAUCAUACGCCCGAACUUUACCUUCACCAAACGAACAAGGACGCAAAGCCCUGCCAGUGUUCAUUUUUUAUCUCUUACAAUGAACAAGGUAGAGCUAUUCUUCAUCUCCACAUCACUUAAAGGCCACAUCGUUUCCAUGGAGCAGCUUGCCAAGCUUCUUGUCCAUCAAAAUUCCCGCCUCUCAAUCACCGUUCUAAUAAUCAAAUCACCCUUGGAAACCAACACCACCCCCUACGACCAACCCGUCCACGACCGUAUCCGAUUCAUUUACCUCUCUCCGCCCCAAAACCAAAAUCAUGACCUCGGUCACCACCGGUUGGCUGAGAUUCAUAAACCCUUAGUCAAAGAAGCAGUCACCACCACCAUCACUUCCUCCAACGACUCAGUACUCGCCGGGUUUGUCAUCGACAUGUUCUGCACGACGAUGAUAGAUGUGGCUAAUGAAUUAGGAGUCCCUAGCUACAUGUUUUUCACCUCAGGCGCUGCCACUCUUAGUCUCUGUUUUCACUUACAAGCCCUCCACGAUUUCCAGAACAUUGACAUCACCGAGUUCAAUGGAUCUAACGCCGAGCUUCCAGCUCCUUAUUUCCGGAACCCAGUUCCGGCAAAGGUCUUACCUUCUCCAUUUCUUCACAAAGACAGCGCCGCCGACUCGUUUCAACUCACUAGAAGGUUUAGAGAGACUAAGGGAAUUAUGGUAAAUUCAUUCAUGGAACUCGAAUCUCACGCGCUCAACUCUCUUUCGUCUGAUCCCCAAAUACCACCAGUUUAUCCAGUGGGACCUGUAUUGAAUCUCCAGACCGACGGUCAAGAUCAAUGCUCCGAUAUCAUGAAAUGGCUUGAUGAUCAAGCUCCGUUGUCAGUUGUGUUCCUAUGCUUCGGGAGCAUGGGAAGCUUCGGUGAGGAUCAAGUGAAAGAGAUCGCCUGUGCACUAGAGCAGAGCGGACACCGAUUCCUGUGGUCCCUACGCAAACCUCCACCGAAGGGCACGAUGUCAUCACCGACUGAUUAUUCAAAUCUGGAAGAAGUAUUACCCGAAGGAUUCUUAGAUCGGACGAAUGGGAUUGGGAAGGUGAUUGGAUGGGCUCCACAAGUGGAAAUCCUGGCCCACUCAGCAAUCGGAGGGUUCGUAUCGCAUUGUGGGUGGAAUUCUACAUUGGAGAGUAUAUGGUUUGGUGUUCCAAUUGCGGCGUGGCCGAUGUUCGCUGAGCAACAACUCAAUGCUUUCCAGUUGGUGGUGGAAUUGGGAUUAGCGGUGGAAAUUAAAAUGGAUUAUCGGAAGGAUUGGAUGAUGGGGAACGAACCAAUUGUGAGUUCGGAGGAGAUAAAGAGAGGAAUAAUGGCUGUGAUGGAGGAGGAUAGCGAUAUCAGAAAGAAGGUGAAGGACAUGAGUGAAAAGAGCCGAACCGCCUCCGUGAUUGGUGGAGGAUCUUCACACUCCUCGCUCCGCCGUUUUAUCGCCGACGUCAUGGAUAACAUUCAAUAAAUACAAAAUAUUUCCUCGUCGAACUUCCAGCGAACAUUGUUUUUUGUUUUUUGUUUUUUCACCUACUUGCGUAGUAAUAAAAUAGGUUUGUAAUA